AUGUACGAGUACCGCUUGUCUGACGUUCCAUCGGCCGAUAAACUUGAAAAAUUUGUGGAGGACGUUAAAUUUGGGGUAUAUCCCUUAACAGCCUUUAGUGGUAAAAAGCCACCGCAUUUCCGAUCCCGGGCUGCUUCACCUGAGAGAGCAGAUUCCGUGAAAUCCGCUUCUCCAGAACCUGUUGACAUUGAAUCGCGUCGCAUAGUCAAUAUGAUGUGCAGUGUUAAGAAAUUGAAAGAAGACAGUAGCGAUAUUUUAAUGACCAUUUUACUACGCAUGGAUGAUAAAAUGAAUCGUCAAUUAUCAUGUGCUGUCACCGAAGACGAUAAUGCUGCUGAUUUAACACAAGAAUUGGUACGUUUGGGUUUCGUACACAUAGAAGACCAGGAUAAAAUCCAAGCUCUAUUAGAAGAGACUUUACGCAGCACCUUUUCAGAGGGUGGCGCUGCGUAUGGGGAGUUCGGAGCACAAGAACGCACUUUUAGUGCUACUAUAAAUGAACAAAGUAGUGGCAACGGCGGUGGUGGCAAUAAUAACAGCAAUAAUAAUACAACCAACGUAAUGUUAUCAAAAGCAGCACCGGGCUCACCAGCCUUAAUCACCAAUCAACACGAACGUAAUUGGUCAGUAGCUGAUACGGACGCCAGUAUGGCAAUGUUGCAAAAUCAAAAUCUAACACAAAUGCCUGUUACCACGAUCACGUCACCUGUGCCACCUACAGCAGCAGCGGCUGCUGCUCUCGGUUUGUCUGUAACAUUACCGGCCAUGGUUACAGCUGAUCCUUUGGCCGGUACUGUUAUGUAUGUGCCUCAUGAACAGUUGCAACUGCAGCAACAACAUCAGCAGCACCAUUCUUCUUUUCCUCAGCAUCAACAACAGCAUUCGUUAAUUCCCAACACCAUAGUAUCUAUGGAUGUAGUGGAUACUCAACAUCGCCAGCAACAACAACAGCGCCUAUCAGGUUCAGCAAACCAUUCUUCUACUAGCCUCACGACCAUUGAUAACAACUCGCCUACAACCACCACUACCAUCAAUUAAAACAUAGUAUUUAAAAUCGGUAAAAUAUUUUUAUUAUUUUAUUUAUACAAACAAACCAAGCACAUCUCUAUACUCCCACAAAGAGGGGAGAGAAAAAUUCAAAGAAAUUAUAUAUUCAUUUAACUAAAGAAAUUAAUUCAAACACAAUAAUCUUCACAAGCAAGAAGAAAGACUACAUUGACGACUGUUAACAACAAAUAAGUAAAUUUUGAGGUGCAGCGUUGUAAUUAUCGACAGAUGCGAAUAUGAUUAGUAUUGUAAAUUGAGUAAGAAACUCAUUUUACGGUUUCUUUACGAAAGCAAAGGAGGGUGCAAAAAAGCGAGAAAAAUGAUUUGUAACUAAUUGUUAACAAAAAACUAUGCAUUGUUAACAGAAAACAAAGAAAUUUUUGUUACUCACUUCUUGCAUGUUGGUUGUUGUAACUGUUAUAUUAAUGAGAAGAUGUCGAUGGUGAUGAUAGUAAUGAUGUAUGAUUAUCACAUGCUAUAAUUAUUUUAUAUAAUGUAAACUUUUUUACGAUUUUUUUUGUUUCGAUUAACACAGGAAAGGAAUAAAGUUUUUUAAAAAUUGUAUACUAUUCUGAAAUGCCCGAUUGAUACAUAAAACUAAGACGAAAAAUUAAAAAGAAAAUCGUGAUUCGAUAUUGAAAUUAAGCAAAAAAUUUGGCAUAGGAGAAAAAGACAAAAAAAGGCUUCCAAUUACUAAAUAAACUUAAUGCUGGCUAAAUAAUUAUUUCAUCCAACCUACGCGAACACUAAUUACAUUAUAAAAAAUUCAAGCAAGUAAAUACAAAGAUCUUGAAGAUUAGAAUAGACUGAGAGCUGUUCAAAUAAUUGAGAAUAUACACAUAAAUAUCAGAAAAACUCUAAACAAUAUCUUUGUAGCUAAAAGCCAGAAAUAAAACGUAUGCAAUCAAAGUAACGUAAAUAGCAAAUGCAAUUCAGAUAUCCUGCGUAUGACACACAUAUAUAAGCUGACAUAUUACAAACAGAUUUGAUGACUGUGACAACACUUCAUUUAAUUUGCUGUGCUUAUAAAAACAUAUUAAUUAAAUAUAAAAGAAAUUAGGAUUAAAAAACAAUUUUCCUGCUUAAGGAUCAAAUAUGUCAAUGUAUUAAUAAUGAUAAUUAUAAUUAUGUAAAUGUGAAAAAGUACCAUAUUUAAGUGUAUUU